ACUCUUGGGAACAUGAUAAGGUCCCUGCCUGCCCAUUCCAAAGCCAGGUGGCCACAGAUGCUUCAGAUGCUGACAUUUUGCUAUAAUUGCACUGAGCAUGAGACAACAGGUUUUGCACCCUUCUUUCUAAUGUUUGGGAGGAUUCCACGUCUACCUGUUGAUGUUUUGUUCCAGCACACCCUCCUCAGCGAUGCUGUCGUUAGCCAUCGUGAAUUUGUCUCCAACUUGAAACGUGACCUGUCUGAAGCUGCACGCAUUGCCUGUGAGAACAGUCGGACAGAGCAGGCUCGACAGGCAAAGAACUACAACCGCAAAGCAAAAGGGUCUCCCCUCACUGUUGGUGACAGAGUCUUGCUUGCAAAUCGUGGUGAGAAAGGGAGGAGGAAAAUAGCAGACAAGUGGGAAUCCACAGUUUUUGAAGUUAAGUCUGUGAAACCUGGAAUCAACGUGUACCGAAUCAGUGACCCAGUGACAUCCAGAGAAAAAGUUGUUCACAGAAACCUCCUACUCCCGGUGAAUUUCCUCCCAGCAGGAGGUCACGACAUUUUGGAGUCAAGCUGCUCAUCAGAUAAUGUUAGUGCACAAAGUGUCCCUGUGGUUCCUGUUGACAUGCAGGACAGUGAGACAAAGACACUUGAGUGGUUACUGCAAAUGGAUAAGACUAAUGAUGAGGAUGCUACAGACAGCCAUUCCAAUUGCUCACCUGUUGUAGCUGUGAGUGCCUCUCUCCCAGAGACUGAAGUGAAUAUAGUCCCACAUGCUGUGAGUGGGAUUUUACAAACAUCUGUUCCAUCAAUAUCUGCUCAGCAACCACUUUCCCCUAGACCCUCUGUAGAAUGUGUGGUGUCCGAGGUAGAACCCUCCCCGCCCUCAGUGGAAAGAGCUCAUUGUGUCCCCUCCCCUGACCAUGCUAGUGACGCACAGCCAGGUGCAUUAGCACAGGACCACGUAGUUUGCAAACAGCCACAUCCACUCUGCACUAGGGCAGGUAGACUUGUUAAGCCCCCAGCUAGACUCAUUUGUGAAAUGAAUGAACAGGUUGUAGAUGACUCAGCUUCAACAGUUGAUUCUUUGUUUUCUUUUGUGAGAAACAUGCUUUCUGGAUAGAUUGCUUGUGUAUGUAUAUGUCUUAAGAGUGUUCGCACUAGUUUAUCUGAAGUAUUUGACAAGAAUCUGCUAAUGAGCAAUGUUUACAAUAUGAGAGGUGUACACGGCAUCUUUUGUGUCUUUGUUGGUAUGGGGCUUAGCUACCCCCUUACUGACUUUCUCCCAGGUGGAGAGUUUCUAACUGACUUGAAACGCAUUUGCUCCUAGUACGAAACAACUGUUUGGUAUUUGAAAAAAAAAAAAGAAAUGUUUUUUUGUUUUUUUGUUUUUUGUUUUUUUGUGCCCAAUUUAGCAGGAUUUAAGGGGGGUGUAUGUAACAUAGUUAAAAAGGUUCAAGUUAAAUCCUACUAAAUGUGAGUAUGGUGCCACCUACUGUCACAAAGUGUACCUGCAGCGAAUGCUAGUAAUGACGAAGGAUUAUGGGUAAUCCUCAAAGCAAUGGAGGAUUUCCCUUGAGACAGAGCAUGCGCUGUUUAUCCACAUGAGAUGACUACUCAACACUGUUUUCCUUUGUCAUAAAUGCAGGUAUGUUACCAUAUGUUGUUAUAAAGUGUUGUAAUGUUUGAACAUAUGAUUGAGGUAUUUUAUGCUGUUUGUCUGCCUCCGGUAUGUUU